CCACUACAUCGUUCAUCAUGAUGCGGUGGACGAAGAUGCGCGCAUUGCAUGGCCCGGCCAUGCGGCGGCGUUUGUCGACUGCUGCGUCCAAACCGCAACUUGUUGCAUUUAACUCGCUCACUGGACAGCUCGAUGCGUUUCCUACGUCGUCAUCGCCGUUGAAAUGGUACGUGUGUGGACCGACUGUGUACGACAGUGCCCACCUUGGCCAUGCGCGAAGCUACGUGAGUCAAGAUAUCUUGCGUCGCGUGCUCACACAGCACUUCCAUCAAGAAAUCUUCUUGGUGAUGGGGAUGACGGACGUUGACGACAAGAUCAUCGCCGCUGCUGCCUCGCAACAGACCACCAUGACAAACAUUGCGCGAACGAACGAAGCGGCGUUCUUGCGCAACUUGGCUGACCUGAACGUCCUCCGAGUAUCCUCUAUCACGCGUGUCAGCGAACACAUUCCAGAAAUCAUUGCGUACAUUCAAGGUUUGGGCGCGAACGGGUUUGCGUACGUCACGUCGGACGGGGUAUACUUCGACACCGUCGCGAUGGGAGCGAAGUACGGCAAGUUGGCACCAAACACGCCGCAAGAGUACGACAAUGUCGUGCCUGAAGACGGCGCCGUUGGAGGGGAGAAGCGAAACGUGCGGGACUUUGCCCUGUGGAAGCUGUCCAAGUCACCGGAAGAGCCAGGGUGGGAGUCGCCGUGGGGCCGGGGCCGCCCGGGGUGGCACAUCGAGUGCUCUGCCAUGACACACCACGUUCUUGGCGACGCCAUCGACGUGCAUUCCGGUGGCGUGGACCUUCGGUUUCCUCACCACAACAACGAGAUUGCCCAGUGUGACGCGUACCACCACCACGCGUGCGAUCACACGUGGUGCAAACACUUUGUACACUUUGGUCACUUGUACAUCAAAGGCCUCAAGAUGUCCAAGUCGCUCAAGAACUUUAUCACGAUCGACAGCCUCCUGGAAACGUACUCGGCCGACACGUUCCGCGUCUUCUGCCUCCAGUACAAGUACAACAUGAACGUGCACUUUUCCGAAGACCGCAUGCGCGACGCGAGCGCGAUUUACCAGCGCUUCCUCUCGUUUCUUCAAACGCUUCAAUCGCAUGUCAAGGCCGCUGCCCACAGUCCACUGUCGCGACGCGUCGACGGCGUCGAUCACACCGUACUGGCUGCCCUGGCGCAAUGCAAACAGGAUGUGGAUAUUGCGAUGCGACACGACUUUGACACGCCGCGCGCCCUCCAACAUCUCUUGGAUCUUAUCUCGCACACCAACAAGACAUGGAAAGACCAUCCGUCCAUGUCGGUCGAAGUGUUGUGCACCGUUGCCACGUAUAUCGUGGACACGUUGACGCUGUUUGGUCUCGCGACGCUGCGAUUUCCUUCGCUGCGGUUGGCAGCGCCUGUCGCGGACGACGCCACCUCGUUGAAUUCGAUUCAAGCGAACGACGUGAUGGACGCUUUCACAACGUUUCGCGCCAAUGUCCGCGCGUUGGCGCUCACCAACACGUCCGACAAAGUGGCACGGGAUAUCCUCAACCUGUGUGACAAUGUGCGGUGCGUAUUGCAUCGAUGUCCCUUUCGGUCGUGGCGUGACAUGCUUUAGAGACGUUGAAUUACCAGCGCUGGGUAUUCAACUUGAAGACGUUGCCCCGGGGAAAUCCUUUUGGAAGCCCCAGCAAGGCGACGACGUGGCGGCUGCCGUCGACAAGUCGUCGUCCGAAAAAGCUAUUCUUGCGAUCAAGGCUGCCGAGUUUGAGGCCGAGAUGCAGAUCGCACCGGCCUCGUACUUUUGCCAGUCUCGUCAGUUUCAGGGAAAGUUCACCGCCUUCGACGACCAGGGCUUGCCAACGCACGACGCGGAUGGUGUGGAACUGACCAAGACGGCGCGCAAAAAACUCGCCAAGAAGCUCGACAAGCAUGCCAAGUCGUAUGAAAAAUUUUGGAGAAAAUCCCCUUGAAAUAUAUGUCUUUCGACACGCUA